UUGAAAUCCUAGAAGAGUGGUACGAUACCGCCGAAGAGGUCUCCCACUGUGGUGGAUAUUCCAAGCAGCAGUUGUGAGUCUGACAAGUCCCAAGAGGAAGAGGAAGACCCCGAACCUGAGAUGGCCCAAGAUGAAGAGACAAGGUCCGAGUCUGAGAUGCCCCAAGAUGAAGAAGAAAUUACUGUGAAUGGCGCCGAUUCCACUGAUGAAGAGGAGUCUGAGAAGUCCCAAGAUGAAGAGGCUAGCUCUGACUCUGAGAUGCUGCCUCAAGAGGAAGAGGAAGACUCCGAACCUGCCAAGUCCCAAGAUGAAGAGACAAGGUCCGAGUCUGAGAUGCCCCAAGAUGAAGAGGCAACUGCUCUGAAUGGUGCCGAUAACCCUGCUCUGGUGGACCGGAAUGAGGCCAAUGGUAGGGAAGUCUCGAGGGAGGAGUACGAUCAAGCUUUGAAGGAGAGAGAUAUGGCCUUGAACGAGCUGAAUAACUUGAGAGCAGAGCUAAAGGAGGUCCACAAUGACAGGUCUAGGGCUCUGGCUGAGUUCGAGUUAGGCAAGAAGGUGUUGGAGGCUGAGAAGAAAGCAUUGACUGAGAGACUUGAUAAGGAGUUUAGUAACUUUGCAGCAGAGCUAAAGGAUGUUCUGGAAAGCUUGUCCAAGAGCAAGGCUGAGUUGGAACAGACUUCCCGGGAACGGGAUGGCUACCGAAACAGCUUGGAAUUAGGGAAGAAGGAGUGGGAGGAUGAAAAGAAAGCUCUGGCUGAGAGACUUAAUAAGGAGUUUAAUAACUUUGGAGCAGAGCUAAAGGAGGUCCUGAAAAACUUGUCUAAGAGCGAAGCUGAGUUGGAGAAGACUUCCCAGGAACGGGAUACCUACCGAAGCAGCUUGGAAUUAGGGAACAAGGUCUGGGAGGCUGAAAGGAUUGAAAUGGCAGAGAGGAUAGCAACAGCGAACAAGGAAAAGGAAAACGCCUUGGAAUUGAGGAAAAAGGUAGCCAAGGCUGAGAGGAUAGAAAUGGUGGAGAGCACAGCAAUGGCGAACAAGGAAAAAGAAAAGGCUUAUUGCAAAGGAUACCUAGAUGGGUGGCUCAAGAAGCCUCAUGCUUAUGUCCACGCAUGGCAUGAUGCCAGAUUGGCCAAUGAGGUUACUGAUCUUCCUGUGUUGCAGAUGAUGAACAACCUGCCAAAAUCACAUGUCUAGAUCUAUAUAUCAGUUAGUGUGAAAGUUAUUGGCAUUUUAGUGCCAAUUUUUGCAGCUUCUAUUUUGUGGAGGUGGGUUCAUGGAGUUUUCUUAAACCCAUCAUGCCUAAUAGAGUAGGAUAGAUCCUGUCAUGGAGUCUUUUGUAUACAUGGAAGCUGGAAAUGAAGUAUCUGAAUUUAUCUUAAUUA